AUGGAUAAUUAUGAAGUGUCAGAAGAUUUAAAAAUGAUUACUUCAUAUUUUGAUGAAAAUAACAGAUACAAUAAUAAAAAUAUUGAUAAUUUAAAUAAUAGUAAUAAAAUUAAAAAAAAAAAAAAUAUAAAUGAUAAAUAUUUUCAAUCUUUAAAAUAUACUAAAUGUACAAAUGACACAGCAAAUAAAAGUAAUUGUAAUAUUAUUUCUUUUGAACACAUUACUUCUAAUGAGGAAUUAAAUAUAAAUACCUGUUCCAAUAUUAAGAAAAAACAAAUAUUAAAUUAUGAUUUUGAUUCAUACAAUAAAUUAAAUACACUAGAAGAUUUAAAAUAUGAAAAUGAAAUUUUGAAAAUUGAUAAAGAAAUGAAUAAAACUAAAUCUUUUGAGAAUUUUAUUCCUAACAAAAAAUUGUGUGAUACACAUCAAGAAAAGCAAAAAACAAAUUUGAUCAGUUGUUAUAAGUAUAAUAAUUUAAUAAAUAAAAAUGAUUGUUACAUAAACAAAAAAUAUAAUAUGAAUGAUACACAUUGCAAUGAAAAAUAUAUAGUUAAAUAUAAAUUUAAUUCAUUUAUUUUAAACAAUGUAGGUAAUAAAAGAUAUAAUUUAAGCGUAAAUAACAGUUUUGAAAAUAUUAAAAAAUAUAAUGUUGAAUCUACUGAAGAUAUGGUAUUCUAUAAAUUAAAUAAUGAAAAUAUAUGCAAUAAAAGUAAAGUUUCUGUCAAUGAAAAUAAUAAUCAUUAUAUAAAUACGAAGAACAAUUUUGAUAAGUCAGGAAAUAGGUAUAUUGGAGAUAUUAAAGAGAACAAAUACGAAGAAAGUGAAAUUCUAGAUUAUUUUACGCAAGAAUUAUAUAAUAAAGUUAAAAAUAAUAAAAAUUUUAUAAGUAAUGAAAAUAAACAAAAGCUAAAUUUAAAGAUUAAUUCAAAAAAUACCUUAAAUAAAAAUAGAGAUGAUGACAUUCAAUCUUAUAUAGAACAAAAAUAUAAUCAACAUUCAAAAUGUUUUAUUAAAUUUCCUACUAAUAAUUCAGAUAGUACAAAUAAAAAUAUUAUUAUAAGAAAUGUAAUAACUAAAUGUAAUAGUAAGGACAUUAAUAAAUAUAAAGAUAACUGCAAUAAUUGUAAGUAUGAAUAUAAUGAUUUAACAAACAAUAUAGAACAUUUAGCUACUUUAAAAAAUAAAAAUACCUACAAAAUAAUCGAAAAAGGGAAAUCAAAUGAAAUAUAUGACACAAAAGAUAAAACAUAUUUGAAAAUGAUUAAUGAUCAUUUUAAGAGGGAAAGAAGCUUAAAGUGCUAUAAUAUUAAUGAAUCUUUUUUAUUCAAGAAAAACACUUAUUCUGGAGAAAGGGAUACAUUAAAUAUUUCUGAAAAAAAAUAUUUUCAAAAUGAGGAUAUUUUGAAAACUAUAAUAAAUAAAAAAAUUAAUAGUGAUCCAUUACUUUCUUCAAAUAGAAAAUCAUUAAUGAGUGAAUUUCUUAAAAAAAAAAAUAUUAAUAGUUAUACUUUUAAUAAUUAUUUAAGAAAUAAUGAUGAUAUAAAAAAUAAAAAUAAAAUGACUAAUAGAAGUCAAAUAAUAAAAAAAAAAUUGAAUUAUGAAUUAAAUAUGUGUGACAAAUGUUUUAAUAAAUGGAAAAAUAUAAAAAAAAAAAAAAGGAAGAAUAAAAAUAAGACAAGUAUAAGCUAUUAUAAAAACGUAAAAAUUUUAAAUAAUAUUAAUAAGAAAUUAUUUUUUUGUUAUAAUCCAAAUGUAUUGAAUAGUAGUAUUUAUGACAUAAAAACUCAAUUAAUUAAUAAUAGUAAAGUAAAAUCACGUAAAUCAAAUUCUUGCUUUUUUUUAUCAGCAUACAGUAGUGGAAUAUUUAAUAUUUUAAAAACUGAAGAUUUUCAUUUUACACCUUUAAGAAGAAAUAGAAGCUUGGAAUAUAUAUUAUCAAAUGGAAAUAGUUACUAUAACAAAGUUUUUUCAUUAUGUAAUAAUAAAAUUAAAAAAUAUUAUGAAUACUAUGAUAAUGGAAAUAUUUAUAACUUUUAUAGGAAUAAAAUUUUUAAUAAUAAAAGGAAUGAAAGUAACUGGAACAAAAUAAAUAAUAAUAACAUUGAAUUCCACAAUAAAAAAUGCUAUCAAAAAUAUUAUAAUAAAUUUUCUUUAAAAACUUAUCAUAGUAAAAUUUUUUGUGAAGCUAAUUGUAGUAGUUUUAUGAAAAGUCAAUUUAAUAAAAUACGUAGGAAAUUCUUAUUUAAGAAUAUUAAACGUAAAAAAUUGAAGGAAAAAAAACAAAAAAAGGCGCAUCAUAUAAAUAAAAAAGCUAUUAAAAUAGAGGAAAAUAAAAAAACGAUAUGUGCUAAAUAUGAUAAAAAUAAUGAUAAUAAAAAUAUAUCUUCUAAUUAUAAUAGUAAUAAAUGUAAUGCAAAUUUUCAAAAUAAUUAUUAUUUGAUAAAUAGAAUAAAUCAAAAAAAAUAUUCUUUAAUUAUGAAAAAAUGUUUAGUUGGUAAAAAAAAAUCAAACACUCAUAAGAAUAAAUAUGCUUCUUUUUCUUUUAAAACAAAAGGUAGACAUAUAGCUCAAAAUGACAAUUUACACUUCAAGUAUCCAAUAAAAAAAAAAGAAUUUUUGAAAAAUAAAAAAAAAAUGUUAAAAUUUUUGAAAUUAAAGAAUUCUGAUGUAGAUAUACUAAAUAGAAAGAUUUCUUUAUAUGAUAAAAAGGUAGAUUAUAAAAAUAACGCAAAUGUGUUAAAUUUAAUGAUAAAUAACUCAUACAUCAAUACAAAAAAUACAGAAAAGUUAAUAACUAUAAAGAAUAAAAAGAGAAAUGAAUUCAUAAAUUCCAUAAGAGAUAUAGAAAGAAAAAAAGGAAAUAGUAAUUCAAAAAAUUCAUUAUCCCAUCUUUUUAAUUACUUAAAUAUUUCUAGUAAUAAUGAAAUUUUUCUUGUACCAAAAGGUUAUAUGGAUGAAAAUAAAAAUUAUGAAAAGAUGGAAACCAUUUUAAAAUCAAAUGUGGAAAAUAUUAAUAAACAAAAAUAUUAUUAUAAAAACAUCUAUUUAGAAAAUAAAAUUGCACAUAAUAAAAAUAUACCAAAACAAACAAUAAAAAAUGGUGAUACUACUAUGCCAUAUUAUCUUUCACAUGGGACAUCAGUUUAUGAUAAUGACACGAAAAUAGAUAAAAUGAAAGAUAAAGUACAUUAUAGUGAUAUUUUGAGGGAGAGUAUUGAAGAAUCUGAAAAUAAAAAGGAUAAUAAAAAAAAGUUAUUUGAAAUGGAAAAUGACGAAAUAGCCGAAAGAAGGAAAAAAAUAAAAAAUGAAAAAGAUGAAGCUAAAAAAUAUUAUAAUUAUGAAAAAAAAAAAAAAAAACGAAAGGAUAUAUGUGAAAAGGAAACUACGUUAAGCGAACACAAAGAUAUAAAUAAGAAAGAAAAUAUAUUUGAUAAAUUCAACGAAAUAUAUAAUAAAAAAAAAUGCACAUUAUUUGCAAGUAAUUCAGUUCCUUACAUGAAAGAAAAUUCAAGCAAUUAUAGAAGUAUAUAUUACAUAGUUGGAUUAAUUUAUUAUGGAAAAAAAUCACAAGUAUAUAAAUGUGUAAAUACAAUUGAUAAAAGAAUGUAUGCUAUGAAAAUAGUUUCAAAAGAUCCUUAUGAUUUGUAUGUUAAUAAUCUGAUGAAAAAAUAUUUAUUCCUAAAAAAUAAUCCUCAUAAAAAUAUUAUAACAAUACAUGAUAUAUUCUCUGAUAAAAAUUACAACUGUAUAAUAAUGGAAUUAUGUAAAGGAUCCACAUUACUUGAUUAUUUUAUGUCAUUAGUUCCAGGAUCUUUAGAUGUAUUUGAAAUAAAAUUAAUAAUGAAAAACCUUUUUUUAGCUUUAGAUUUUUUACAUUCUAAAAAUAUAAUACAUAGAGAUAUUAAAUUUGAAAAUAUAAUGUUUAAAAAAAAAAGAAUAAGUGUUUUUGACAAUGAAAGUUAUGAUAAUUGUAGGUUAGAUGAUCCUUCUUUAUUUGAAAUAAAUAAAUCAUCUUAUAUAGAGCCAAGAGAAAAAAUGAGAAAAAUUAAUUUUAAGGAGGAUUGCUUACUUUUAAUAAAGAAUAAUAUUUUAUUGGAUAAAAAAAAAAGGAAUCGAAUGUAUAAUAAUUCUAUAGAUAUAAUUAAUUAUGAGGAAGAUUCAUAUACUUCUUUAUUUUACGAUCAAUUUGAAAAUAGCAAUUUUAAAAUGGACAGUAAUAUGGAAUUUAGUAGCAAAGAUGAAACAAAUAGAACCAUAUCUAUGAAUUCUACGAAUUCUUUUCAUUCUGAAUUUUCAGUAGGUCAAUAUUAUACUUUUAAAUAUUCCUACAGUCUUAGUGGAAUCAGUAAUAAUUUUUCCAAUGCAUUAUUAGAUAAAAACAAAUCAGUAAAUAAUACCAAAAAGUGCUCUUUCACAAAACUUUUAACGAAUGAAGAAAAAGGUCGAAUAUUUAAAAAAAGUAAAUGUAAAGUUAAAAAAAAAAGGGGGAAUACAAUAAUCAAUUCUUUUAGUGAUUUAUGUUUAAUUGAUAUGGAUAUGAUAGAAAAUGUAUCUAAUACUAGUGAUUGCACAAGUAAAAAAUCAGAUUUUAUAUGCGGAACUGCACCAUAUAUGCCUCCAGAAUCAUUAGAUGGAGUAAUUUCUACAGGUAAUGAUAUAUGGGCAUGUGGAGUAAUUUUAUAUGCAUUAAUGGAUGGUCAUUUUCCUUUCGAAAUUAAUAAUAAUAUGCCUAUUCAUUUAAAAAAAAAAAUUUUAACUCAAACCAAACCAAAUUUUGAUCCUUUAGUUUGGCAAAACCAUCCUGAAAUAUUUGAUUUAUGCUUAAGACUUUUGGAUCCAAAUCCCUUAACAAGAAUCCAAAAUGCUAGAGAAGCAUUAAUUCAUUAUUGUUUUUCAAAUCUUAUUUAA